AAGUCCUGGAGCACCAACCUGUUCCCAUCGACAACGUCGAUAUCGUCAGUCAAGCUGUCGUAUCAUCACCCGGAAUCGCGCGAUCAUGAGCAGCAGCUCAUCUCAACAGUCCCGAAGAAUUAAGUCCAGAAGUGGCUGCGUUCGCUGCAAACGCCGAAGAAUUAAAUGCGACGAGGCGGUGCCUAGUUGUCUACGAUGUGUAAAGUCAGGUGUCGAUUGCCCAGGAUAUGCUAAAGCAUUGAAAUGGUCAACAAAACAUGAGAGCAGCCCACGCAUGUCUUCCAGUGUCGGCGAACCUCAUUACAGCUCUCCUGACUGGUUUGAGGAGGAAGUGCGG